GACCGGCUCCCGCGCCCAUGGAGCAGACCUUUGAUCUCCCCGACUCGACUGACUGGCUCGAAACGCCGCUGUCGCUGGUGACGCCACUCGAGUCCGCGCUGCGGUGUCAGGUCUGCAAGGACUUCUUCGAUAACCCGGUUAUUACCUCGUGUAGUCAUACGUUUUGCUCGCUGUGUAUCCGGCGGUGUUUGAGUUCUGAGGGAAAAUGUCCGGCGUGUCGGAGCUCGGAUCAGGAGUUGAAGUUGCGGCGGAAUUGGGCAGUUCAAGAGCUUGUUGAGGCGUUUCAGAAUGCGAGACCUAGUUUGUUGGGUUUGGCUAGACUGGCUGCAAAUAAGGAUCGGGAGGAGGCAGAAGUAGGGACACAGCAGCGGUUUGCGAAGAAAAGGAAGGUUGAGGAGCGGGAUGGGUCGGAUACAGAGGUCUUGGAGGGGAGACAGACGCGGUCGCAAGCUAAAGGUGUGGAGAGACAACCCGAGUCUGCUACUAUGGAAGUAGUUGAGGAUAGUCAGGACGAGGAAUAUAUUCCAGAGGACGGCCUGGUUGCGUGCCCGGUGUGCAGUCGGAGGAUGAAAAAUGAAGCAGUAUUUCAACAUCUAGACAUCUGCACGGGUGACCCAGCGCCUCCGAAAAAGAUAUCAUUUGGUUCACUGCAACCCAUGUCGCCUGCAUCGCGAACGCCACCGAACAAACCCCCCGAAAGACUUCCCACAAUUAAUUAUUCUUUACUAAAAGACGCCGUACUCAGGAAAAAGCUCAAAGACCUGGGUAUACCAAACUGGGGUCCACGGCCUCUUCUGCAGAAACGUCACACAGAGUGGAUGAAUCUCUGGAACGCCAACUGCGACUCUAAAACGCCAAAAUCCAAACGCGAACUAUUACAUGAAUUGGAUGUCUGGGAACGCACACAGGGGGGUCAUUCGAACCCCUCUGCCGAGUCCGCUGGCUCUGUUAUGCGGAAGGAUUUUGAUGCCACCGCAUGGUCAACGAGCCAUGAAAAUGACUUCAAGCAAUUAAUUGCUAAUGCGCGAAAACGAAGCGAGGCUGUAGUCCGAUCGACAAUUCCAUCUGCAGCUCCGGCUGAAUCGUCAGAGGUGCCCACGGUUGGGCAGUCAGCGGAGGCCACAGUUCCAACGAAUGUACAAGUGGCUCAGCCCAUCGUAGAUCUGACGGAUACCGACUUCCCCAAGGCUCAAGAAGCGCAGAACUCCGGUAAUAGUGAAGGACCCCAUGUACUCCCCGGAUAAUCGGUCUAUUUUCCAUGCGCUUUCCUUUUCACUGCCAAUGUAAAUA